AUGAGCGAGUCGGGCAAAAACCAAUCUCAAAACAAACGUAAACAUGAAGGUCCCAAGCGCGAACCUAUUGUGAAUUUGUCCAAAUACUCCGACACCCAAAUCCGGGUGAAAUUGAUGGGAGGAAGACUUGUCAUUGGCACACUGAAGGGGUUUGACCAGCUGAUGAACUUGGUGCUAGACGAAACUAUAGAGUACCUGAGAGACCCUGAGGACGAUACCAAGAUCUUGGAGGGUCAAACAAAGGAGCUCGGUCUGGUCGUGAUUAGAGGUACGAUGUUGCUGACAUUGAGUCCACUAGACGGGUCUGAAAUCAUAAGUGGUCCUUCCGUAGAGUAG